AUGAGCAGUGAUCCUCAAACUGGAACAAGCACUAACCGGGCAAAUACACUUCAAAUUCCCAAUGUAGGAAUUGAAGAGACAGGAGAACUAUCGCCAUCUUUAAUAACGGCAAUUAAUCACCUUUCAAUUGAGAAUUCUGACGAUGAAUCGUCUUCUGAUGAUUUAGAAGAAGACUCGGACACUUUAAGGAAUGAGUCGUCUUAUGCGAAUUCUGCAUUUGAUGAAUCCACUACUACAUUAUCCCAACCUGUUGGUCCUGCAGAACAUUUAAGGGCUUUAAUUAUAAAUAGACCAACCGCUCAAAUGAUCACAACUUUUAGAUUACAAAAAACGCGAGAAGAAAUGACCCAGGAAGAAGUAGUUAAAUUCGUAUUGAAUCCUGUUCCGCAAGGUCAAAAAGUUCUUUGCAAAAUAACUCGUAGUAAAGAUGGUUUUGGAAAAUUGUAUCCUCAGUACGAACUUUCUAUUGAAGAUACGUCAGAAAAUGGGGAAGAGACAAAAAUAUUUCUUCUUGCUGCUAGAAAAAGAAAAAAGAGUAAAAGCUCUCAUUAUGUCAUAACAACAGAUCGACUUAGCGCAAAUGUCUCGUCUGAUAGUAUUGUAGGAAAGGUCAGAUCUAAUUUCUUGGGUACAGCUUUUGCUAUAUAUUCAAAUGGGAGAAAUCCAUUUAAACGUGAACCCGAAUCAACAGCUUUGCCUAUUCGAGAAGAAUUGGGAGCAGUUGUUUAUGAUCCUAAUAUCCUUGGGUUUAAAGGACCCAGGAAAAUGACUGUCUUAUUAAUAGGUAUGACGAAGCAUGGUGCAAGACCGGUAUUUAGACCGGAAACGGAUGCAGAAACAUUGAUUGGAAAGUUCAAAAAUGGAGAACAUCGAGAUAUUUUGGUAUUGCAUAAUAAAUCCCCACAAUGGAAUGAAGAAACACAGUCAUAUGUUUUAAAUUUCAGUGGAAGGGUUACUUUGGCCUCAGUGAAAAAUUUUCAAAUUGUACACGACAAUGAUUUGGAUUAUAUCAUAAUGCAAUUUGGACGCGUUGAAGAAGAUACAUUUACGAUGGACUUUAUGUAUCCGAUGUGUCCUCUCCAAGCGUUUGCUAUCGCUUUAACAAGUUUUGACGCUAAAUUGGCUUCUCAAAGUAAGCCUUUUAAAGGAGAGUUUGUAGUGAUAACAGGAGGAACGCGUGGAAUAGGAUAUUCUAUUGCACAAAAAUUUGCACAGAAUGGUGCAAGAUGUGCUUUGAUAGGACGUAAUAAAGAGACAAUUGAAAAGGCAAAAAGUUACUUAAAUAAAAAUCUUGAAGUAGACAAUAAUCAUAUAGGAUAUAAAUGUGAUUUAAGAAUUCCUACAGAAAUUGAGAAAGUUUGCACGAAUGUUGAUUAUUUGAUUAAUGCUGCAGGAGUAUCACAUGAUUCGCUUGUUGUUAGACUUAAAGAACAAGAAGUGAAUGAUAUUAUUCAAACAAAUCUUCUUGGAACAAUUUAUAUGUGUAGUCAUAUCUCUAAACAAAUGGUUAAAACGAAAAAGGGAUGUAUAGUUAAUAUAUCAAGCGUUGUUGGAUUACAAGGGAAUAGUGGACAAUCUGUUUAUAGUGCUUCAAAGGCUGGAAUUAUUGGAUUUUCAAAAUCAUUGGCUAAAGAGCUUGCACGGAAGAAUAUUCGCGUAAAUGUCAUCGCACCCGGAUUUAUUGAGACUGAUAUGACUUCAAGUAUGAAUAUAUUAGUAAUGAAUAAACAUUUGUCUGCAAUUUCUGAAAAGGAAUCUUAUAAAAAAAAAAUACUAAUGCAAAGAUUUGGGAAACCUGAGGAAAUUUCUGAUGCUGCUUUGUACCUUGCAAAAGCUGAUUAUGUUACUGGGCAGACACUUAUUGUUGAUGGAUGCCCAACCUUUAGACUUGCACAUAUCAGAUAUCUAAUUGGAUAUGGAAUAUUAGAGAUGUUAACGGUUCAGUACAGUUUCAGGCGGUCUGAGGGUAAAACUGAACCCAUUUUAACAUCGGAAUUAUCAUUAUCGUCAUUUUCACAAUUUUAUAAACUGGACUUUAUUGUAGAAUCGAAGUCCAUCGGUCCCUCAAACUGGACCGAGAACCAACAAUAG